AGCGGCGAGCUCGCCGCGCCAUGUCGCCGCCUCCGCUGCCGCUUUUCUCGCCGUCCCCCAAGGCGGCGCCGCUGCCUCCGCCGCCGUGGCUCCACGGCCCGCACGUGGCGCUGCCGGACCCCGCGGAGGCGCCUCCGAGGCAGCAGCCCCGUGGGCCCAGGACCAGGCCGGCGCCAGGGAAGCCCGGCUCCGGCUCCUCCUCCGCCAGGCCCCUCACCGCGGGCGUGCCAGGCGGCCGCACCCGCCGCGCCGUCCUCGGGAUCAUCCGCAAGGUCCGCUCCCUCGAGCUCUCCGACCCGCGCAGACCCAGCCCCAAUGGCGGCGGCGGUGGUGGUGGUGGUGGCAGUAGCGCCGCAACCGCCCGCGUCCCCUUCCACCUCCCGAUGGAGCAGGAGGAGGAGGAGAAGGGGAGGCAGAGGGCGGUGCCGUGGGCCGCGGCGAGGGACGAGGAGCUGAAGGUGGUGCUGCGGCGGGAGAAGAAGGUGCGGGUGCCGACGCGCGCGGAGGCGGAGCUGGAGCCCGCCGAGCUGGAGCGGCUCCGGCAGCUGGCGCGGGGGAUGGACAGGUGGGCGCGGGCCAAGAAGGCCGGGAUCACCGAUGAGGUGGUGGAAGAGUUGCGUGGGGCGUGGGCCAGGAGGGUCCAGGAGCUCGCCGGCGUGCGGAUCGUCGAGCCGCUCCAGCGAAACAUGGACCGGGCAAGGGAGAUUCUUGAGAUUAAAACAGGAGGCAUAGUUGUUUGGACAAAAGGAGACAUACAUUUUGUGUACAGAGGAGCCAAUUAUAUAGAAAACUCAAAGCGACAUCAUGACUUUGUUCAUAAUGAGGAAGUUUCUCCAGUAACAGCUAACUUUCCUGCAUCCCAAGGGAAAUAUGGGAGUAAAGCUGAAAGUUUUCAUGAAAAUGAUCAAAGCAUUGAUGUUCAUAAGGACAACGAACCUGUCAAGGGAACUCUGUAUGAAAGAGAAGUCAACAGACUAUUGGACAGUUUGGGCCCUCGAUUUGUUGAUUGGUGGUGGAACACACCAUUGCCUGUUGACGCUGAUCUCCUUCCAGAGGUUGUCCCUGGCUUCAAGACUCCAUUUAGACAAUGCCCUCCUGGUGUGAGACCAACACUAGCAGAUCAGGAACUGACUUACCUGCGGAAGCUUGCACGGCCUUUGCCAACACAUUUUGCCUUAGGUAGAAAUACAAAACUGCAGGGUUUGGCUGCUGCUAUACUAAAGCUUUGGGAAAAGAGCCUAAUAGCAAAGAUUGCAGUGAAAGUGGGUAUCCAAAAUACCAAUCAUGAACAGAUGGCCAGAAAUCUUAAGCGUCUUACAGGAGGAACUGUCAUAUUGAGGAACAAGGAUUUUAUUAUUAUAUAUAGAGGCAAAGAUUUUCUUCCUGGUGAUGUUGCUGAAUCAGUUAUUGAACGGGAGUCUCAGGUACAUGACCAACAGGCGAAAGAAGAGGAAGCUCGAUUAAAGGUGGUUGACUCACUUCAAAUGCUUGCUGCAGUAUCACCAGAGAAAAGUUCAGUGGGUACUUUCAGGGAGUAUCAGGAUUUCCAGGAUAACCAUGAGUGUGGAACAACUGAAAACAACAAUGUCAGGAUUCAACUAGAGGCAAAGAAGCAUCUACUGGAGAAGGAGCUGAAAGACCAUGAAUGGAGGCUUUCCACUCUUACCAAGAAGAUUGAAAGAUCAAACCAGGUGCUAGCAAAGCUUCAUAGUUCUUGGAGCCCGUCAGAACAAGAUGGAGACAGAGAACUAUUGACUGAGGAGGAAAGGAUGAUAUUACGAAAAAUUGGCCUAAAAAUGGAUGAGCACGUGCUGCUUGGGAGACGUGGUAUCUUUGAAGGAGUUAUUGAAGAGAUUCAUCAACACUGGAAACAUAAAGAGGUUGUGAAAGUAAUUACCAAGCAGAAUCAGGCCCGCCAGAUCACAUACACAUCUAUGAUGCUUGAGGUUGAGACAGGAGGUAUGUUAAUAGCAAUAGAGAGGCUCACUACCAGCCAUGCUAUAAUACUUUACCGAGGAAAGAAUUAUCGUCGCCCAUCAAAAUCAUCACCCAGUAAUCUCCUGACAAAAAGAGAAGCAUUACAAAGAUCGAUUGAGGUUCAACGUCGAGGGUCAUUGAAGUACUUUGCUCAGGAGAGGAAAAAGUCCAUUGAUGAAUUGAAAAGGAGACUGACGAAUGUGGUGAGGGAAAUCAGGAAACUAAACCAUUAUACUGAACAGCCUUGGCAGCAUGAUCAGUAUCAACAUUGAGGAUUGGAAGACACACGCUGAAGUUUUUGAGUUUUUUACAUGAAAACUACGAAGAACAAAGUACACAAAGGCUUCCAGAUCUGGUAGAUAUGGUUGUCUGGUAUAGUUUUGUAAAGGCCGUAACGAGUCUUAUUGCAAGUGUAAAGAUGUAGUUUUUCUGUUUAUGUACAUAUGUUACACUGAAGCACAUGAGAAUUCAACCAUUCAUUUUGGCUCUAGUACUACGAGCACGAACCCACCACUAGGUGUUGAUUAAAGCU